AUGAGUCUUCCAAUACCUGUUACCAACGAUAAUUCAAGACGCAUUAUCGGCGAAUCCGCACCGAUGCAGGCGGUUUUGCGUCAGGUCGCGCAGGUCGCGCCGACAAAAGCGACUGUUCUCAUCACAGGCGAAACGGGUGUUGGCAAAGAUGUCAUCGCACAGGCGAUCCACGAAAGUAGCCCGCGUAAAACCCGACUCUUUAAAGCGGUCAACUGCGGUACGUUUUACCAAGACCUCCUCCAAAGUGAACUCUUCGGUCAUGAAAAAGGGUCUUUUACCGGGGCAACGAGCCAACGGCGUGGUGUGUUUGAACAAGCGGACGGCGGCACACUGUUCUUGGAUGAGGUAGGCGAAAUGUCGCCUGAAGUGCAGAUUCCACCACUGCGCGAUCGUCGCGAAGAUAUCCCUUUCUUCGUUUCUGCGUUCAUCUCCGAAUUAAGCACAGAACACAGUAAACCCAUUACCGGCAUAACCCAAGAGGCACUCAAUUAUCUCCAAAAUGCUGACUGGCACGGCAACGUUCGUGAACUUAGAAAUGCUGUAGAAACCGCUAUUAUUCUGUCCGCCACUGAAGAACUACAGCUUAAAGAUUUCCCCUUGGAUUCGGAAUCUAAGCAGUUGGUUUCCUUGCUUCCUGUACAAGCCUCGAGCACCCAACUCGCGCCUACGCAGGUGAUUGACACAGCCAGUGAAGAAACUGAACUUCUUAAUCUGCCAGGAGGCGCAUUACAGGUUGUUGAUACCUCUGGUAGUGCAAUCGUAACAGAAAACAUAGCAAUUUACAAGACGAUCUUGGGGCUUAUCCUCUCUGCAAUCCGUUUGCUUGAUCCAGCUGCUGCCGCAAGCAAUGAGAUGCCGUUCCUAAUCCCAGAUGAAGAUACCAGUUGGAUGCAAAUUAGUGAAACGGAUGACGCGGCGGACGUUCUCAAAAAAGCAUUGGAAGUAAUUUCAACGAUAGCCAAAGUGCUUGAGAAUCGGGCACAGAACGGGAUCUUGCCGAUCGCUGCACCGGUCGAACAGCACGGUGGUUCACAGGUACCGGGCGAGUAUCUACCCGUGCUUGAUGACGAACAAGUCAUUGGCAUGGUCGGUAUGACAAUGGCAGAAAUUGAGCAAGCCGCUAUCCAAAAGACCCUCGUAGAAGUGGGGGGCAAUAAAACAGAGGCGGCGAAGAUUCUUGACAUCGGGGUCCGAACACUGCACCGCAAGUUGGACGCUUACAGACAAGAAACCGACGAUUCAGAUGAUAACCUCGGUCAAGCGUAG